CUUCAGCUCAAAGUCUCACACAGCCGACGUGUGCACAGAAAGUAAACGCAUGGCCACUUGUAGCACUGAACAGUACUCAGUUUCUUUAUUACUCGGCCUUUAUUUGAAUGUACACUGUUUACAGCGCUGCGGCGUGGAGCCAACACAAUGGUAGGAGUCACUAUUGUCAUUAUGGAGCACUUCAGUUAGCUUUUGACUGUAGCAGACAGAAUCCAAACACAGCUGAUGUAGCUGACGCUGACGACUCAACAAGCUGGGGUUACUUCAGAAGCUGGAGUUAACCUGAAAGUCUCCAGAGCUGCAUCCGCAGACAGAGGGCAUUCACUACCUGUCAUAGUGGACAGGUAAUCGGAACAAGGAGUGCCCAGUGGAGCGGCUGUCUGAUCGUCUAAUCAUCUGUUCUGCUUCACUGAGGCGUGGCCCGUGGUGAACAAAGUAACCAUUCACACAUGAAGGAAGCAGCUGUGGUACAAAAGAGAGCCGACUGUUCUGCAGUAAAUAUGGGUCACAUAGAUGAAGCCAGGGUGUCGUGCCUCGACAUCCUCACCCACCACAGAGAGCUGCUGGUGUCCAGGCUGAGGAGUAUUCAGUGCAUCCUGGACAACCUGUUGGCCUGUGGCUUCCUCUGCGAAGAGGACGCUGAGAUCGUCCAGCGGACUGUCACCAAGACGGAUCAGGUGCGCAAAAUCUUGGAGCUAGUCCAAUGCAAAGGGGAGGAGGCCUGUGAGUACUUGAUUUACAUCAUAUAUAAAGUAUGUGAUGCAUACAUAGACCUCCAGCCAUGGUUGAAAGAGAUCAACUACAACCCAAGCAACGAUGUUGCGGCGAUGAAAGUGGUUAACACAGAUCCCAUCAGCAGGUAUUGUGAGAAGUUGAGGUAUGAGAUGAGCCGGGACACCUGCUACAUCAUGUCGUACGGCCAGAGAGAGGAGACCCGCCUGGAGGAGCUAUACACUGACACGCUGAUGGAACUGUUAAACGACUGCAAUGACAGUCUGGGCUUCCUGGAGAGUCUGGACCAGCUCCUGGGAGACCACGCAGUCUUCAAUCCCCAAGGUGAAACCAUCUAUGUGAUGGGGGAUGCUGGUGUGGGCAAAUCCAUCCUCCUGCAGAAGCUCCAGAACCUCUGGUCCAAGAAAGAGCUGCAGACGGACGCCGUCUUCUUCUUUAAGUUCCGCUGUAGGAUGUUCAGCGUCUUCAAGGACACAGAACAGAUCUCCCUCAGAGAUCUUUUGUUCAAAUACAACUGCUACCCAGAUCACGAUCCAGAUAACGAGGUGUUUGAUUACAUCCUGCGCUUCCCUGAGAAGGUCGUUUUCACAUUCGAUGGCUAUGAUGAGAUUCAGGAGGAUCUAGACCUGAUGAAUGUCCCUGAAGUGGUGUCACCAGAAGACAAGGCACACCCCCUCCAGCUGCUCGUCAGCUUGCUCUGUGGGAAACUACUCAAGGGCUCCCAGAAGGUGCUGACGGCCCGGACAGGCAUCGAGAUCCAGAGUAGGGUGAUCAGAAAGAAGGUGGCUCUGCGGGGCUUCUCCCCUGCUCAUCUGAAGACCUACAUAGAUCUGCACUUUAAGGAGCAGGAGCACAGAGAGCUGGUGUCAGUUCAGCUGGAUGCUAGCCCCCACCUCUGCGGCCUGUGCUCCACACCGUUGUUCUGCUGGAUUGUGUUCAAGAGCUUUAGGCACCUGCACACCAUGCACGAUAGUUUUCAUCUGCCUGAAACCUGCGUCACACUCACCGACAUCUUCCUCCUGCUGUCUGAGGUGUUCCUCAGCCACUCAGCCUCACCUGCACCUUCCCUGCUGAAGAAAAGCACCCGGUGUGCCUCAGAGACAUUCAGAGGGGGGCUCAGACCUCUUACGGCAUUUGCCAAACUGGCACUUGAGGGUAUGGAGAGAGGGGGCUUCAUUUUCAGCCAGGAGGAGAUCAUUGCGUGUGGCCUGACAGAGGAGGAUCUGCCCCUGGGCUUCCUUAGACCCAUCACUGAGUAUGAUGCCAGUGGGAGCCCUGCCACAUUUGAGUUCCUCCAUGUCACCCUCCAGUCUUUCUUGGCGGCGUUUGCUCUUGUGUUUGAUGAGCAGGAUGCUGCCAGCUCCAUCCUCAAGUUCUUCACAGCGUGCAGCAGGAAAAGAGACGCAUCCUGUCUGCCUUUUGUCUUCUGUAACAGUGGCUCCUCGAAGCCCAGCGAAAAGGAGCCAUUUGCAACUAAUGAACAUCUUCAGUUCACUAAUCUGUUCCUGUGCGGACUGCUGUCCAAGGCUCACACCGGCCUGAUGGAGCAUCUGGUUUCUCCCGCGUUAUUAAAGAAAAAACGGGCCUUGCUGAAGUCCUACCUUUCGACCAGUGUAAAGUCCCACCUGCACGGCUUGCCCCCCUACCCCAGUGAUGAUGGCAAGAAAGUCCAUGUUUUGCCCAACUUCCUGUGGAUGCUGAGGUGCAUCUUUGAGACAGGGAGCAAGGAAAUCGCUCAGAUGACGGCGAAAGGCAUCACGGCUGGCCUCAUCAAGCUGGGUUACUGUAACGUGUUCUCAGGUGACUGCACCGCCCUGAACUUCGUGCUGCAGCACCGUCAGAAGCUCCUGGGACUUGACAUGGACAACAACAACAUCAGCGACUAUGGGGUGAAGCAGCUGAAGCCCUCCUUUUGUAAGAUGACAGUGGUGAGGUUGAGUGUCAAUCACCUCUCUGACAGCAGCAUUGAGGUUCUUGCAGAGGAGCUGUGUAAGCACAAAAUUGUGGAGAUUUUGGGGCUGUACAACAAUGACAUCACAGAUGUUGGAGCCAAGCUGGUUGCUCAGAUAGUUGAGGAAUGUCCAAAGCUGCGAAUCCUCAAGAUUGGUAAAAAUAAGAUCACUGCUGUUGGUGGAAAGUAUUUGGCCCGUGCAAUCCAGAAGAGCACUUCUAUAUUCGAUGUGGGAAUGUGGGGCAACAGUAUCAGCGAUGAGGGAGCAGAAGCAUUUGCAGAAGCUUUGAGGCACCACCCAAGGCUUACCAACCUCAGUCUCUCAGCCAAUGGCAUCACAUCUAAAGGUGGGAAGUGCCUGGCUGAAGCGCUGAAAGAGAACAGCGUCCUCAGGAUAUUCUGGUUGGUGCAGAAUGAGCUGACUGACGAGGCCGCUCCGCACUUGGCUGAGCUGGUUAAAGCGAACACAGGUUUAAGUCACCUCUGGUUAAUCAGCAACCGGUUCACUGUGGAUGGGCUCGGACAGCUGGCUGAGGCCCUCACUCACAACACAGCACUCAAAGAGAUAUGUGUGAAAGGAAACCAGCUCUCUGAAGAGGAAGAGCAGCAGUUUGCGGCGGAGGGAAGGCUGCGGUUCCACUGACUGGGCACUCCUGUGAGGCACGAGUUGAGUAACGUCUGUACGACAGAAAAGAAGUCGUGUGUGUGUGUGUGUGUGUGUGCUAUUUCACCUGCGUGCAGCUGUUUGGCCGUGGGCACAAAGUCACACCAUCUGCUUUAAUGGAAAUCCUGUAUGUUCGUGCCAUCAUCCAAUUUUGCACAAAUGUUUCAAGAAGGGGAUGUUUACCUGAGUGGCUGUCGGGGAAAAAGGAAGUGGAAGCAAUGAUGAACAAGAAGAAUACAAACAGUGACUCCUUUUUAAUGAACUUGUAUAGACUUUAUGUGCAUGUUUUGUAUGAAUAAUCAGUAGAAUAACUUUAUUUUAUUUAUUCAUAAAAUGAGUUAUUGCUGUGUUUAAGUGUUCCAGUAUGCUACUGUAUGACAGAGAGCCAGCAGUCUUUCAUUAGUCUGAUAAUGCCCACAAAAGGCUGCUACACUGACUGCUGCCAAAUGAAGAGCCCCUUUAACUCACUACCACAAUCUUUAUCAAUCUUUGGAUCAUCAAACUAACUACUAACUAGAAUAGGACACUGUUCAGGCUGAUUAGUCUGGAUGAGCUUCAAACACAAAGUAAUAUGGUAGAAAGGUGGAAUAAGUGCAGGAGAAUGACUUGCAUCCCAAUGAUUCACUGUUCAUUGCUUUUUGUAGAUAAUUUUACAGAAAAUAAACAUUUCAGCACAU